UUGAGUACGUAUGGCUACAUUUUAUUACAACGAGAAAAAGCAAAGAAAACAAACGGGAAACCAGAACCAAAAGUGAAAUCAAAAUCUGUCCAGACAUUAAGAAACUGGAGGAAUAGAUUUAGAUCGAAUCCCUUCCAUCGUUUAGAAGAAAUACCUUUAGCAGAUAUUGAAGAAGGAUUUACAUCAGUGACUAACACAGAAAAUAAGAAGAUGGCUACACAAAAAAUAGAGGAUACAGCAGAAGACAUUGAUAGAAACAUGCAUCACAUAACUGCUCCUUCAGAUGCACAUGUCCCAGAUAUUGAAAAAGAAGUACUUCCUAUUAACACCGAAAAUAAGAUGGCUACACAAAAAAUCGAAGAUAGAGCAGAAGACAUGGAUAGAAACAUGAAUCCUAAUCCAUCUUACUCGACCGUUUCUGGAAGAAGAAAAAGAUCUCAGCAUAAAUCUAAUACAGAUAAUGAAAUACUGUAUGAUGCAACAGUCGAGAGGAAUUCAUUGAAUGUCAAUUCCAUCUCUCGGAACUACAACUCGGACCCUGUGGAAUCCCAUGUCAAGCUGAGUUCAAGCAAGCCGACACCCGUCUGUUCCCUAGAGAGAGCUGUGAUAAUGGGGAACCAGUAUUCCGUGGAUUAUUCCGAGAGUUUGAGCACCCUUGAAGUCGGUUGCGGAGUUUAAGUUUUUACUGAGGUUUAGAUGUAUAGUAAAAAUUUGAUUUUAAAUAGUCCAUUUUGUGGCUUGUAUGCAAGAAUUACUUUUUGGUA